AUGCCUCAUGCUUCGCCGCCGCAUGGCUCCUACAUGCCCCCUCCUCCAAUUCCGCCUGGGCACAUGGGCGGCCUGUACCCUCGCCAGCCGCAACAACAGCAGACCUACCCUCCUCCACGAGAACCGCGCGCAUACGCCCCCACGGCAUACGCAGAGUACAUGCAAUACCCACCCUUGCCUCCCGAAAACCAACCUCUUACCUCCGCCACCUACAUCCCAGAUGGUCUCAGCUGGGGUCCAGGCGUGGGAAACCCACCCUUGGAUCCGCAGCGCUCGCAGCCAAAUCGUCCUACAAAUUACAACUACGAUGCUUACGCGGAACACAAUAAGUGGCUCAGCAACAACAAUACCUUCUCCGGCCCCGCAUCCCAUCUUCACCCUUCCCAGCAUCAAGCGCAUCUCCAGAUGCAGCAUCAGACACUCCCACCACAGACCACCUUCCCUCCCCCCACGCCGACGUCGCGCCAGAAGACAGUCAUGCUGCCUCCCGCCAAAGAAAGAGAAGAAUACCAAUCCUCGCCUGCGCAAGAUCAGAUGAGGCAGCCUGCGAUACCACCCAUAUCGAGCCACGGCAGUGAGCGCGUGGGUCCGCGCGAGCACGCGUCAGACUCGCCAGGCAGUCCGCAAGACCAGCACUGGACAAUCGACCGGGUGCAACAAUGGCUUCAGGCGAACUCGUUCAGCAAAGAGUGGCAAGCCGCUUUUCGCCAUCUGAAUGUUCACGGCGCGCAGUUCCUCGACAUCGGCCGAAGUGGAGGGCAGCGGAAUAUUGGAUUCAUGCCUCAGACCGCCAUCCCGCAGGUGUCGAGAGAGUACACGGUGAAUGGUGGAGUCUACGACCAGAACCGCGAGCGAGAAGAAGGCCGGAGAUUGCGGAGAUUGGUGAGGGAUGUCAUUAGUACGGGUGGGGGGAGUGCCCCGGCCAGCUCGACCGCCGUGCCGACAACGCGAACUGAUCGGCGCCGUGAAUCUACUUUGUUCUCGGGCAGUGGGGGCACGGAGGGCAACCUGGAAAAUUCACCCGAUCUGCAAAAUCGAGGGCACGGGGGUCAAUUCGGAUCGACGCCAAGUACUGCUGGAGGCACCGGCGAGGAAUCCCCCGGCCAAUCCAUGCCUCCUCUCCCGCCCAGGCCGGCAAAUACUUCUCAUCCUCGUGCACAUACCUACGACAGCGCAGUCAGCGAAAGCAUGCGAAACGACGUCGCCAGUAUCCGGAGUCACUUGGGCAAAGAUGCUUGGAGCUCCGUCGGCGACAUUCCCAAGCGCCACUCUCCCAGUGCGAGCGGCGAAAUAGGCACAGCAGCUACGCGGACAAUGUCAAACUCACCUGCGCAAAGCCCAGGCCUGGCCAAUGUCAAGCCGGCCGGCGCUGGCGCGGGUUACCGCUAUUUCAGUCAUAGUCGAGGCGUCAGCAGCGAGACAAACAUUGCCAAAACCUCCAUCUCCCCGGCCACUGCACAGGGCCGGACAAGUGAUCCACACAAGGCUGACGGCGAUGCACCAUUUCCGAAGCCUGCGGAUGAUAGGCGCCGACAUGCGACGGAAGGCGGGCGGCCGAUGUUGGAGAAGCGGAAUAGUCAAGACAACCCCGUUAGUGCCAAGGACCACAAACGAGGCUUCCUCGACAAGUUCCGGCGGACGGCGAAGAGGGACGAUGCUCAUCCUUCUCCCGAAGACGAGCACAGUCCCGCUUCUCCAUACGCCACGCGACCCAGUGAUGCCGGUUUCUUCGGCAAGCAAGCCAAUGGGCAGAAUGUCGAUGCUGUCAAUUCGCACGGAGCCCUAAACAGUGCCCGACAAGUGCCUCAGGAUGAUGAUCGCAAGUUUGUCUUCGUCACCCCGGACGGCUGGAAUUACAGAUUGGUGGACAUCACGCUUGUCGAGAGCGCUGAGCAUCUGCGGAGGGUCAUCUGCUUCAAUCUCGGCUUGAGCGAGGGUCCCGACGUUUCCAUGCACAUGACAAGUCCCGGACAGACGGAGCACGAGGAGCCUCUGAACGACCAAGCAUUACUGAAUGCGAAGCGAAGCGCAGCGGAUGGUCUGGGGAGCCUAAAGCUUUUUGUGAGGGCACCGAACGCGCCAAAUGCCGCACCGCAAAGUGCAGGUCUAGGCUUGCACUUUACGCAAUCGCCGCCGCCACAUCUCCCCAACGCAACCGAUUCAUCGAGCAACCAGCCCCCCGCGACUGUCGAUGGAAGCAGAGACAUGCCCGAGCAGGAACGCCGCGCUUUGCUGGAGGCGAAAGCGGAGGAACACCGACGGGAUACGGAGCGAAAGCAAAGUGCAUUCCUUGAAGCGCGCAAGACAAGACUCGCAGAUGGCAAAGGCGUGCAUGACUUUGACGAACUGCGAUCCCCCAGUCCCUUGGCGACCAGUCCACGCCCAGUAUUGCUAGACGGUGGUGCGGAUACGGAGCGCAAGACCGACAACUUGGUCCCGAUGCGUAGGCCGCCUCCGGUUCCUGAGCCGACCAAUACUGUCAGGAAGGCGGAUAGUGUGAAGAAGAACAGUGCCGCUGCUAACGCUCUCCGGACGAGCUGGCCGAAUCGCAAGGACGAGCCGUGGAAGAGGAUUUCGAAUGGCUACAUUGCGGAAGAGGGUGGUAGGAAGCCGUCGGGUAUCGCGGGGGCCUUGGUCGGUGCCGGAAUGGCCGCACGAGCCAUUGGUACACCCUCGAGCGCAGCCGCGCCAUCUGAUGAGAGGCAGCAACCGGCUCAUCGUCCGAGCGCGGUGGAUCUCAACCUGAGCCGCAUCGAUUCCCAGAAUCGCGCGUCGCCUCGUAGCCCCUUUACGGCCUCCAAAGGUGGCCAAAUCUUCAAGAUUCCUCACUAUGCGGACAACGCCGACAACGAAGAUCGGGAUGAAGAUGAAGAUACGCUGCGAGCAAGCCAGCAACCGACGCUCAAACUUGACAUCCCUACCAACCCCUCUAUGAACAAGGUCAGGUCGACACAGCCCGUGCCCACGCCCGACUUGAGUCCGGCCACGACGCAGCCAAUGGUGAAUCGCUUGAAUCGACACAGCACUCGUCGGGGGCCGAGCUUUGAACUGCCCGCGAAGCAGGUAGACUUCCAGCGCAGCCCGGCGGUUGUGCAGGAGGAAGAUAGUGAAGACUCCGACGAUGGACUCUUUGCUGUCCCGCUUCUCAAACACCAACAGCAAAAGGCUGCUGCCGCCCGAUCGGGCUCCAUGGCAAAAGCCCAACAGGUGCUGGGGAUCGGCAGCGAGUCCCCAACUCAUUCGCCGAAUAAGCCCGAGUUGAAGCUCAAGACUUCCAAGGCAAAUAUCAAGUUUGAGGCGGCGCAGAUGUCCGAGAAGCGAGGCAGUGACGAUACUACCGAUCGAGCAGUCCCGUCUUCGGCUUCGUACUCCACGGACUCCCCGGAUGAACCGCUUCGUCGUGGCUCGCAGACGUUUGCCAGUGACAUGUGGGCUAAUCGUCCUCCGGCUGAGGGCAUUGUGGAGCAUCUAGACGACUUCUUCCCUCAUGUUGAUCUCGAUCAGCCGGUCGUGGAGGAGGGAGCCGAGCACCCAGAGGCCAGUCCUGUUUCCAUACAGCCCAGCACACUCGGGCCCAAUUCAUCGUCUCAGGAUCCAAAGGGAAGUGGCAGGAGCAUGACACCACCCUCGAGCGCCGACGAAAGCGAUGCAGCUUCCCGCAAACCAAGUGUCGCUCAACAGAGCAUGCGCAAAGCCGUGGGACUCGGCAGGACGAAGAGCAUCCGUGAUGUCGUGAAGAAAAACUACAACAUCCCGACCGGCCCGCCGCAGCAUAUCCCCUCGACUUCCUCGUUUGCAUCCAGUCGAGCGAGCGGAACUCCAAUGACUACGCCGCGGAUUGCCAUGCUGCAGAACGAGGGCGGCAUUGGGCGGAGGAAGAGCACGAAGAUGUUUGGCGCGAGGAUUGAGCAGGUGAAGCCGCAGCGUGGCAGUCGCUUGAUUCACAAUCUCGAGACUAUUCCGCAGGAUACGAUACCGCGGGGCAACAUGCAUCACCGACAUCCCGAGCGCCAGCCUACGUUCAAAUGGAUGCGCGGUCAACUGAUUGGCAAGGGCACCUUUGGCCGUGUCUACCUCGGCAUGAACACCACCACCGGCGAACUGCUGGCCGUCAAGCAAGUCGAAGUCAACCCCACCGCAUCCAACACCGACCCCGCCAAGAUCCGCGAGAUGGUCAAAGCCCUCGACAUCGAAAUCGACACGAUGAAGGAUCUAGACCACGUCAACAUCGUGCAAUACCUCGGCUGCGAGCGCAAGGAGUACAGCAUCUCCAUCUUCCUCGAGUACAUCUCGGGCGGCAGCGUGGGCUCGUGCAUCCGCAAGCACGGCAAGUUCGAGGAAUCCGUCGUCUCCUCCCUCACGCACCAAACGCUCAACGGCCUCUCCUACCUGCACAGCGAGGGCAUCCUGCACCGCGACCUGAAAGCCGACAACAUCCUCCUCGACCUCGACGGGACGUGCAAAAUCUCCGAUUUCGGCAUCUCGAAGCGCAGCGCCAACCCGUACAACAACGACAUUACUAACAGUAUGCAGGGCUCCGUCUUCUGGAUGGCGCCCGAGGUCAUUCGGGCGCAGUCGCAGCCGGGCGGGGUCCUGAAUGAUAGCAGCGGCAUCGAUCCCGGCGAUCCCGCGGCCGCGAUGAACAAAGGGUACAGUGCCAAGGUGGACAUUUGGUCGCUGGGCUGCGUAGUGCUGGAGAUGUUCGCCGGCCGGCGACCGUGGAGCAAGGAAGAAGCCAUCGGCGCCAUCUACAAACUUGGCAGCUUGAACCAGGCGCCGCCUAUCCCCGACGACGUCAGUUCUGUCGUCGGGCCGGCGGCGUUGGGCUUCAUGUACGAUUGUUUUACAAUUGAUCCCGGCGAACGCCCGACUGCCGAAACGCUGCUCGCGGCGCCCUUUUGCAUCUCCGACCCGCAUUACAACUUCCUCGAUACGGAGCUGUAUGCCAAGAUUCGGGGUGCUCUGUGA